AUGAACGCUGAAGAUGGUUGUUCCCGAACACUGCCGAAACAACCAGCCUCAACAUUCUUUACUGCUGACCCCCGGCUAUCGGUGCAAGCGCUGCUAGCACGACCGUCCGAUGAUAGGUUUCGAGCCUACACCCCCGAAUCCUUGCCAGAUGAACAAACACCCGUCCGAGAUCAUGGUACCACUACCUACGGCUACGAUCGCGGGUGUCCCGACCUUGACAUCCCUAAGAAUGAUGAUGACAACGCCAUUACGAUGUUCACCCCUCCGAGCGAGACAAUGGACUAUGAGGACGGAGGCCCAUAUGGAAUUGCAGAAACCAGAGCGAAGCAUAUGGCCUUCAGCAAAGGCGGGUACUAUGCUAAUCCAGUUCCGAUCGUAAUACCCAAGUCUUUAGAGCCUCUCCCUCCACUUCUUGUUGAGAAUCCAAUGAACUUGAUCUACUUCCAUCAUUUCCUCAAUCACACAGCUCGCAUUCUGGUUCCCCACGACUGUGAGAAGAACCCAUUCAGGCACAUUCUCCCUGAGAUGGCUGUAAGAGACGAAAAUAUACUACACCUCCUUCUCGCCUUCAGCGCAUCCCAUCGCGCCCGACUUCUCAACCAUCCCGAACCUGUCAAUCGCAUCGCACUAUGGGUGCAGGAUGUGUUUCCGAAGCUCCGAGCAGCCUUGACCAACAGCAACAAGAUAUCUAAUUCCACACUCGCUCCUUCUCUGAUGAUGGCUUCGCUUGAGAUCAUGUCCCCCAACACGUUUGAAAUGAUCAUUGCGCGCGGGGGCCCGAGAAGCCUCAACGGACAAGACCGAGUUGCAUACUUCCUUUCGAGAUGGUUCGCCUAUCUAGAUGUUCUCGGCUCUCUGAGUGGGAAUAAGAACGAUCUUCCGCUUGCGUCUUAUUACUGGUCUUCGGAGGACGCCGUCGCGGACGAGGACUACCAGAUCGACUGUUUGACAGGGUUUACUAACCAUUGCGUUGGUACACUGGCUCGUGUGGCAGAGCUUGCGAUGCAAUGCGAACCUCAGCGCAUAGACGAGACUGGCAACAUUCGUGAAGGUUGGCAACCGGCACCGGAAAUUGUUGAGCAGGCGGAGAAGGUCCGCAGAGAGCUCCAGAAUGGGAUAAACAACCCUACAAUCAAGAGUUGCAGUCACAGAGCGGCCGACAGCACCGAGAGUGAAAUGGCCUGUGACACUAUUGAGAUCCAUGCGGCGAAUGAGAUGUUCCACUGGGCAGGGCUAAUUCAUCUCUUCCGGCGUGUUCUUGGGAAAUCUACAAUGGAUCCUGAAGUCCAAAAUGCCGUUCGCCAGAUCAUCCACCUCCUCUACAAGGUCAGAAGAGGGGGUACUGCUGAGGCAUGUCUGCUAUUCCCAAUGUUUGCUGCUGGUUGCGAGGCUACGAACGAAGGCCAGAGGGAGAAGAUUAUCGAGAGGCUGAGAUGUGUGGAGGGCUUUGGGAUUGCGCAGGUUCGCAAAGCUCGUUCCUUGAUGCAGAAAGUUUGGGAUACCGGGAAACCAUGGGAGUCUCUCGUGUCAGGAGAGUUCUUUGGCUGA